CCAAGAAAUUUCAACAUCAAAAAAGAAAGGCUCCCUCCUCCUCUUUAGGCAUUCUUACUUAUACUAAUCUAUCAUUGUUCUUCUUCUUAGGGUUUGUUCCGUGGAGAGAUGCAAUCCAUUUCGACAGCGAACGUGACCCAACAACAGGAUCGAUCAACAACUGAUACGCGAGGGAAGCAUCGGAUUUCAGCUGAGUUGAAGCGGAUUGAGCAGGAAUCAAGAUUCUUAGAGGAAGAGCUGGAAAAACUUGAACGAAUAGAGAAUGCUUCUGCUGCUUGCAAGGAAAUGCUAAGUUUAGUAGAGACAAAACCAGAUCCAUUGCUGCCAGUGACACAUGGUACAACUAAUCAUUUAUGGGAUCGAUGGUUUGAAGGACCCCAAGAGUCAAAAGGUUGUUGUAGAUGCCAAAUACUUUGAAGGGUAGGCCAAAAUGAAUAUUGGUGACAUUGACAGCAAAAGUAUUUGAGAAAUGUUGUUUCAUUGUUUGAAGAUGAUCCUUGUGUAGAAAUGUCUCGGAAUUUUAGUUCGAUUUUGACCGCCUUUAAAA